AUGGACAAUAACGCACCUGCCAGGACAAGCAUGAUGUCCUGGAAAAAAGACACACUUCUCCCAACUAGAUUUGCCCUGGGCCCCGUCUGGAGGAUCGCCUUCCCUAGUCGCUUUCAGAGAGAUGGACUCGUUUGUGACCUCUUCAUUCUCUCGUCUACGGAUGCUGCGUCUACGACACGAGUACGGCUGGCAAACGUUCAUCUGGAUUCCCUAGCUAUCAACCCUUCCCACCGGCCUCAACAACUUUCCAUUGUAUCCUCUUUUUUGCAGAGUGCAGGCUGUGGGCUUGUUGCUGGUGAUUUCAACCCGAAUCUUGACGAAGAUGCUGUCCUGGUAGACACGAAUGGUCUUACAGAUGCCCUGGGCAGCUCUGCAUCCCGAGGAACCUGGGGUUACAUGGGGGCGGAUGGGAAGCAGCGGUUUCCGCCAAAUCGGAUGGACAGAGUCGCGUUGCUUGGUCUGAAAGCUUGUGGGAUCGAAAUGCUUGAGGCUCGGCGAGUGGAGCAGGACAUUGAAAGUCAGUUACCCAAUCCCAGCAGACUCGGACUACAGUUACGCUCUGGAGCGAUCACCACGGGCUGCUUUGCCCUUUUGCCCUUGGGGGGUGAGCAGUAA